AUGGCUGGGGUGGCCGCAGGGGCUCUGACCACGGGGGCCAUUCUUGGCUCACCUCCUGCCCUGCGGCCCCACAAAACUCUGGGUGCCCCUUUGGGAGAAGUGCUGGCGGUGCUGGGGGUGGGGAGGGAAAUCCAGGGAAACCGGGAGCUUCUUCCUUGCCUCUGGACCUGUGCCGGAGCUUCUCUUCUGCCCCUGCCCCAUCCCCACCGAGGAGUCUGGGCACGGGGCCAUUUGUCCCGGCUCUUCUUCCCACAGGAGGAGGAUGGAUGCAACCAGGUAGAGGUAUCUGCAGAAGAGGAGGCUGGAGGACAGCCCCUGCAGGUGAACAUCAGUCGUCAAGGUCAGCCCACCAGCCUGGUCCUGAAUUGGGGGGCGCCAGUCCCUACUAGGCUGGGAUAUGCUCUCCAUCUUGCCCGUCUGGGUCUCCCUGGCCCCCUGGAGAAGCUGCAGUUCCAGGCUGGCCCCAAUACCAGUGGCUUCGAGUUCCAAGACUUGGUACCUGGGAGCCAUUAUCAGCUUGAGGUGACUGUGCUGCUCCCCUGCUCACAGAAUUCCACCCUCACACUCACAGCUCAGACAACCCCUUCACCUGUCCGCAGUCUGAGACUCAACAACUCUGGGAGUCCCUCCAGCUUAGAGGCCACAUGGGGUUCUGCUCCUGGAGAGCAUAAUGGCUACCAGCUUCUCCUUUACCAUCUGGAGACCCAGACAUUGGCGCGCAACAUCUCAGUGUCUCAGGAAAUUCUCUCCUACCAUUUUGAUAGUCUUCUUCCAGGCAGUGAAUAUGCCUUAUGGGUCAUUACCUGGGCUGGUGACCUCCAUGCCAAGACCAACAUUUGCCAAUGGACAACUCCAGUACCCCCAGAACAGUUAGACUUGUCUGCUGUGGGUCCAAGUACCCUUCAAGCCUCUUGGAGAAGGGCUGAGGGGGCAGCUUGGUUCUACUUGACUCUCUUGGAUCUCUUGAACGGUACCAUCCUCACAGCUGUGGUCAAGCGGGGCACCACCAACCACACCUUCUACAACCUCUCUCCGGGCUAUCCCUACCAGCUGUCACUCAGUGCUACUGCUGGCCUCUUGCAGGCUGGAGGACCCAAUGCCACCGGGUGGACCUAUCCCUCUGCCCCUUUGGACUUGGUGCUGACUCCAUGGCCCCCUGGACUCUCGGCAAGCUGGCAGGCAGGGCCAGGGACCCGGGAUGGCUACCUGCUGCGGCUGAGUGGGCAAGCAGAGAGGAACAGUACCAUGGGCCCUGAGGCUCUCAAUGCCACCUUCCCAGGUCCCCUUCCUGCUGGCCACUACACUUUGGAACUUACAGCCCUAGCUGGACCCCAUGGUGCCUCUGCCCAGACGGAUACCUGGCUGGAGUGUGAGCUGAUGCAUGUGGGCACAGGGUGGAGGGGAAGGGUUGAGGUAUGGCCUCUCUCCAAGCCCUGCUCAUGGGCAUCAGCAUUAUCUUACUUUGUACCAGCUGCCGAUGGGCAAUAUCACUCACUUUGCUAUCCUCGCGGGCAAUGUCACCAGCUAUACCUUCUGGGGGCUGGAGCCAGGCACAGCUUACAGUUUGAGGGGCUGGUGGCAUUGGGGAACCUUACCAGGCCUGGGCCCCCCAACCUUACUGCAUGGACACUUCCCUUGACUCCAACCAUGGUAAAUGUGACCAGUAAGGAUCCAACAAGCUAUGUGUAUCCUGGGGCCAGGCAUCGGGGAGCCAGGAGGGCUACCGAGUCACCCCUUCUCCAGGAAGGCGCUCCAGUGGGCACCAGGGCUGUAGGACCGGAGGUGAACAAUAUAAGUUUCUCCAAUCUGACUCCAGGCACCAAGUACUGGGUGGAGAUUGUCUCUUUAGCUGGGCCCCACCACUCCUCGGCAGCCAAUGUCACCAGCUGGACCUCCCCCCUGGUGCCCAAGGAGCUGUCGGUGACAAUGCAAGGGGACAAUGCCAUGGUGACUUUGACUUGGGAUGCUGCCCCCAAAGGGACAGGGGAAAUGCCAAGCCAACUCUUUGAGUCUGGGCAUGUACUCCAAAAGCAACCUGUGUCCUUGGGCCGCCGCCUCAUCCUAAGGGACCUGAUUCCUGGGGGUACUUUCUCCCUCUCUGUGCUGUGUCAAGUUGGACCUCUCAAAGCUUCUACCAGCCCCAUAGUGCUGCUCAUUGAGCCCAGGCCAGUGGAAGAUGUACAGUGCCAACCUGAAGCCACCCACCUGGCACUGAACUGGACAGUACCUGGAGGAGAAGUGGGCACCUGUCUAGUGGUGGCAGAGCGGCUGGUGACUGGAGGGAAAACACAACCUGUCUUCAGUGCCAACACUACCCAGAAUGCUGUCCUGCUCUCUGGCUUGAUACCAGCCACUUCCUACCGCCUUAGCCUCACCUUACUGGGGAGAAAUGGCCUGUGGAGUCAAAUGGUCACUUUGCUAUGUACCACCUCUCCAGAAGCCUGGCACCUCCCAGAGAUGGCAGCUGCCCCUCGUUUAGAGCCUGAGGCAGGGGCUGGGGUGGUGAUCACUCGUGACAUGUUUGGUGAGGACAAUGGGCAGAUCCAAUGGUACGGUGUUAUUGCCACCACUAACGCCUCAGUGGUCCAGCCAUCCCAGGAAACCAUUUCCCACACUUGGUAUGACCACUACUACCGAGGACUUGACUCCUACUUGGCUGUCUUGCUGCCUUCCCCCUUCCGCCCAGGUCCAUGGGCGAUGCCCCGAUCUUGGACGGUGCCUGUGGGCACCGAGGACUGUGGCCAGACCCAGCAGACCUGUAACGGGAAGCUCAAGCCCGAUGCCCAGUACAGGUUCAGCAUUGCAGCCUUUACCAGUUCUGACCCGGUCAACCCGACCGUCUCCUUUACAGCCUUCUCAGAACCCCGUGCCAGUGUCUCGGGGGCAUCGGUGCCACUCCUGGUGGCGUCUGGCAUCGUCUCAGGUUGUCUCUUUACCCUGUGCGCCGUGCUAGGCCUGCUGUGCUGGAGACGCGUGUGGGCUGAAAGGGCAGAAAAGAAUCACUUCUCCCAAGAGAUGACACCCUACAGCUUGAGGAACAUCCGCCGACCGAUUCUUAUUCAGAACUUCCGACAGAGCUAUGAGGCCAAGAAAGCCAAUGCCCAUCAUGCUUUCUUCCAGGAGUUUGAGGAGCUAAAGGAAGUUGGCAAGGAGCAGCCCAAACUGGAGGCAGAGCACCCUGCGAAUGCCAUCAAGAAUCGCUACCCACAUGUGCUGCCCUAUGAUCAUUCUCGAGUUCGACUGAGUCAGAUGGACAGCGAGCCACAUUCUGAUUACAUCAAUGCCAACUUCAUCCCGGGCUAUACCCAACCACAAGAGUUCAUUGCCACACAAGGGCCACUGAAGAAGACGCUGGAAGAUUUCUGGCGGCUGGUGUGGGAGCAGAAGGUCCACACAAUUGUCAUGCUGACGGUGGGCAUGGAGAAUGGGCGGGUGCUGUGUGAGCAUUACUGGCCGUUAGAUUCUGCCCCGGUCACUCAUGGCCAGAUUACCAUCCAUCUCCUGGCAGAGGAGACAGGAGAGGACUGGACCAGCAGGGAAUUCCAGGUGCAGCAUGGCCCUCAGCAGCAGGAGCGCUGGAUCCAGCAGCUGCAGUUCACAGCCUGGCCAGACCAUGGGGUUCCCGAGGCCCCCAGCUCCUUGGUCACCUUUGCAGAAUUGGUCCAGGAGCGAGUGCGGGCUGCCCAGGGCACGGCUCCCACUUUGGUACACUGCAGUGCUGGCGUGGGCCGGACGGGCACCUUUGUGGCUCUGGCUCGGCUCCUUCAGCAGCUUCAAGAGGAGCAGGCGGUCGACGUGUUCAACACAGUGUACGCGCUGCGGAUGCACCGGCCUCUCAUGAUCCAGACCCCGGCCCAGUACAUCUUUCUGCACAGCUGUCUGCUGGACAAAAUCCUGGAGGAGCCCGCUGGAUCUCCUGUCUCCCGGCCUAUCCCCGUGAAGAACUUCUCCCAGCAGCAUGCUAAGAGGUCGGCCCACUUCAACGCUGGCUUCCUGAGGGAAUAUGAACUCCUUGUGGAGGCCAUCAAAGACCAGGAGAGUUCUGCCCGACACCAGCUGGGCAGUGCCAUCUCCCAGCUCCUGCCCUAUGAGCGAUGGAGAGUGAAGUUUUCCCCUCUAGAGCAGAGUCCUGUUGACUCUGUCCAGGCUUGGCUCUUUCCAGGGGGGCCUUCUGGCCGAGACCAAGUAGCAUUGUCAGGUCCUGCAAAGGCCGAAGAGUUCUGGCAGUUGGUGUGGGAGCACGGUGCCCAUGUUCUAGUCUCCUUGUGCCCGUUGGGUACUCAGAAUGAGGAAUGGUGGCCAUCGGUGGAGCAGCCCAUCUGCACCGAAGCAUUGACUGUCCACUGGGUGGCAGAGAGUGAUGUGGCAGGGUGGUCUUGUCUUCAUCUGAGUGUCAAACAUGAGAAGAAAGGAAAGGAACUCCAAGUACAGCAACUACGGUUCCCAUGCUGGGAAUGCGGGCAGGAGCCCCCAGUCCAGACGCUAUUGCCCUUCCUGGCAACGGUGGGCCAGUGCUGCUCCCGGGUCAAGAGCAAAAGCCGGCCACAGUGCUCGUCUACUCCAGCUCAGGAAUGGUCCAGUUGGGGAUGCUCUUGGCCCUGGAGCGGCUGCUACAGCAGGCAGAGUCCCAGAACUCAGUGGAUAUCUUUGGUGUGGUUCUGCAGUUGGCACGAGCCUGUGGCUCCAUGACACCACACUGGUGAGAGCUGUGGGUGGGCACCAUCUCAGGGACAUUGAUAAGGGCAGAAGUCUGGGCACCAGCAGCUGAAGAUGGGCACCAGGUGAUGUUGCUGACCACCUCAGCUCCUCUUCUGCAGGGUGCCUUCUGAGACCCGGGGAAGACUGACUAGGAGGGCAUCUUGGGUUGAAAGCUAGAAGGAACUUGAGAAAUUCAUAGUCCACCCCCCUUUCAUUUUAUAAAUCAAGAAGCUGCUGUGCCCCAGACUUCUUCCCUUGGCCCUUGGCUUUUCCUGCCCUGCUCAGACCCUUCUCCUUCUCCCCUUUCCCCAGGACCAGUACAUUUACCUCUAUGGCUGUGUGGGCAGUGCCCUGGCCAACGGGCAAACCUAAGGAAAGGGGUCCAGCUGCCCAAGAGUUUUGGAGCCCCGCUGCUUUGGAUUCAGAUUGGAUUUGGCUCAGCCAGUGUGGUUGGGUCUCACCUGACUCCCGCUGUGGGGAUGGUCUCCACAUCCGGUCCCCAGAAAUAUGAAGUUGCUGUGGGCUUCUGGAAAUAAACACAGAUGAUCCAAA